GGAAGAUGAUUCACUCACGUGUUUUAGCAGCUCAUUUCAAAUCUAAAGCUAGCAUAUAAACACUAUAAAUAAUCAAUCUCUGAUAACUGAAAAUGGCUGAAUAAAGAAUGAAAUUACUCGGAUUAUUAGUAUUAAUUGUUUAUGAGCUAAGUAUCCGCUAUGGAAGGAGAAAACAGGUUUAAACAGUGGAAGAAACAGUGUCUAAACAAGAUGGACUUGAGUAAGAAGGGCAGUAUAGAUGAGGACAUUAACUCUGUGGUCUCUGCUCUCAAUAACUCUGACCAUUAUUUCACCACAAGUUCGUGUUCUGGAAGAAUUAUCCUGAUUGAUGGGCUGUCUGACUGUGUGGAUGUGCAGAAGCAGAAUUGUUCUUGGCUCUUUGUCACUCAUAAGAAGUGUACAAAAGAUGAUGUGAUGGCUGGCUUGGAGAAAUCUUCUGGAGACGCUGUUUUUAAGUUUGAACCUUGUGUUCUUCAUGUUCAAUGCAAACGGCUAGAGGACGCACAACUCCUGCACUCUGUCGCCAUAAACUCAGGGUUCAGGAACUCUGGCGUGACUGUGGGAAAGAAAGGCAAAAUCAUUAUGGCUGUGCGCAGUACCCACUGCCUCGAAGUUCCUCUCAGCCACAAGGGGAAGGUCCUCGUUUCUGAAGAAUACGUCACUUUUCUCGCCGGAGUUGCAAAUAAUAAAAUGGACGAAAACCUCCGGAGGAUCGAAAGGUUUUACGACUGCCUGAAGUCGGCGUUGGAACCGGAGGAGGAUAAAAGAAGUGUAAAGGACGCAGAGUCGGAUGAGAAAGCCGUGUACAGACGCAGGAGGAGGAGGAGAGAUCAGGACGGGGCGAGAUCAGACUGUAAUGUCAGACGGCAGAGUGACAGUGAGCACGAGCACAGUGACGAGCCGGAGGGCCGACUGACAUUAUUCUCUUAGAGACAUCGCUGGACUUUAAUGAGGCUCGACACCUCAUCCUCAACAGCCUGAACACAUAUUAUUAUUAUUAUUAUUAUUUUUUUUUUUUUAAAUGGGGAUUUUCCUUAAUUUUAUUUAAAACCGUUAUCAUGUGCUUUGCUGCUGUUCAGCGUGAGAAUAAAAACUCAAAAAAGUCA